UCGUGGAUUUUUGUUUUCGCGGUUAGUUUUGCAAUGUUCACCAAAAACUGAAUUACCUUUUAUUUAUUUUUGGUCAUUUUAUUUUGAUAUACAAAAAAAAAAACAAUUCACUCCUGCUACCUUUUGCAUUAAUAUAAUUCAUCAUCUUCGUAAAACAACGCAAUUUCCAUCACGUCAAUCCCAGUUUCCUUGAUUUUAAUUUCGAAAAGAUAUGAGAAACAUCAAUUAUUAUUUGUGUUUUAAUAUUUUAAAUCAUUUCGAGUGAAAUAACUGGAAAGAAAUUUACCUAUUUCCUUACCUGUAGUCCCGAAUACUUGUGAAUUCUGACAGCUUUGUCGCGGCAAUAUUUUGGCGCCAAAAAAAUUUGGCAUUCGAUAGAUGUGUGCGCUCAACAAUUGAAUUGAUUUUUUUCUUUUGGUCUCCCGCCUGAAAUCAUCUCCAUCCAACCCCUUUUGCAUACAUUAUGAAAUCCACCGAAGGUAAAGUAAGGGGAAGGCCACCCAUUCGACAAAAACAAAAGGAUACGAGUGCGUCGUCCGAAAAUGAACACAAAACAAGUAUUCUCGAUUUCUUCAGCCCGCCACGGAAAACUGACCCAAACUUAAAUAAUAAUGACAAACGCAGUGGUUCAACACCAAAAAGAAGAAAGAAUCCUUUGGAAAAUCUUCAGUCGAAUUUGAGUCCCAAAUAUAUCGGGUUUAGCACGCCAACAUCGACAGACAAGCGUAGAUCAAAAUACCGGAUAGCGAAGCUCAACGAUUCCGAUGGUCCAAGUUCGUAUUUCCAAUCCAAUCACGGUCUCAUUGGAUGUGUCCGUCGAACUACUGUAAACGGCCGCCUUAACUCGCCCAAGUCUUCUCCUGAAGUCUCUUCACGGCGGAGCGAUUUCUUUGAAUCUCCCAUCGAAAAGCUGCUGCGAAAGAACGGCGCUAUGAAGUCACUGCCUAAUUCACCAAGUCAUGGUAAGGUCCAAAUGUCUGCAUCCACCGUGGUCGACGAUUGCAUUCAGAAGCUGGAAGAAGUCGCAAGCAGAAAGAAGAAUUGUGUUGUGCGCUUGGAACAGAUGAACCACGGUGUGGCUAUGGUUGGUGCGAGUAGUCACGUCACCGACGAGGUGGAAUCUGAGUUUGAUGCUUCCACUGCGGAACAUGACAUCGAUGUUAAUAACGAGUGUGAUAAUUUACAAGUGAUUACAAUCGCAGAUGAUGAAGAAGAUGCUACCUUAGAAGCCAAUAAUGUAGUCCCCACAGUAUCGAACAUAGAGCAUGAAAACACAGUUGCUGUUGGGGUUAAAGAUGAUGUUUUGAAAGGAGCUGAAGAUGAUGUAGUAAUGGAAGAACAGAAGACUGCUUUGAAUGAAAACGUUGAUGAUAUCGAAAUGGAAGAAAAUUCAAGCAAUCUAAAGAAAGAAAAGACCCAAAGUUCUCCUGCAACAACAGCGGCAGAUUCGGAAGAGAAAAGUGAUGCUAAAACUGCAGUUGAAGUUGAUGACAUUAUUAGCAUUGAGGAUGACGAAAGUCAAUCAAGCGUGAAAAAUCAGGCAUCCGCUCAAGAAGACGAAACUGCCCUUGUAACAGGAGAAGCUCUUUCGACUGAAAAUCCAGCAGAGGAUACGCUUACCAGUUCACGAUCAAUUGCCGAAGAAUCUGCUGCUCCCAAUAACGACUCGGAAAAAGUUAUAACUUACGACGAAGUUGUGCAAACAAUAAACAUUCCACAUGAAACUGAAGAAACCAACACGAUUUUGAAUAUUUCAACUGAACAGGAACAGGAACAAGAAGACGACACCUCUGAAACAUUUAAUAUUAACACGCAACUAGUAGAUACUCAAAGCGAACAGCUUCUGCAAGCAAACUCGAAAUUCUCCAGCGAGGAUAUGCUCUCGCUUAAAUCACCCUCUACGUAUUCGGUGGACAGUGCCAAAGGAUCAUCGCUUGACAAUGACUUAAAUUGGGUAUCUAUUGAAACUGGUGACUUAUUUUGGGGACAAAUUUUCAAUUUUGCCUAUUGGCCUUGCAUGGUUUGUCCUGAUCCAGAGGGCAAGACAAUAACAUUUAACGAAAACGGAAGGCAAUCUCAACAUGUGAUGAUUCAUGUGCGAUUUUUUGCGGACAACGGUCGUCGUAGUUGGGUGAAAAGGGAUAACUUAAUGUCGUACAAUGGUCUCGAAGCAUAUAAAAAGAAACAAAACGAGGUGGCACAAAAAUAUGGCAAGAAGAAUGGAAAGUACAAAGUCUUUGUUGUCUCCAAGAAAACUACACUAUGGAAUCAAGCAAUCAGAGAAGCUGAUUUAAUUGAAACAGUGCCGCUGGAAGAACGUCUGGAUAUGUUCUUUAAACUUUUAGAGGAAGUGAAGAUCAAUAAUAAUUUGGAACGAAAAAGACGGCAGUCCAUGGUGCGUUCAUCGACUUCCGAUAUCUGCAGUAUGUUUGACUCUAAUGACAAUUUGUACCUGAAACAGCCCACCCUUAAACGGGAUCGGUCUCCAACACCGGUAAGUCCGGCCUACUCGCCCAUCGCACCUAAAAACUCUGAAAAAAGAAUCAAACUUGAUAACAACAAUACGAGCAGAUCGUCAUUCAUGGAUGACCUAGACAUGAAUCCCGAUGCAAAUGUAAAUGAAACCUCGAGUAGUACCGAGUUGGAACGCAUGCAAAAGGAAGACAUCUACAAUGAUACCGAAUUCAAGAAAUUCGUUUCCGCUAUGCGAGGUUUUAUUUUGGAAAGCUCCAAGGAUCCCAAAUUAAGUUAUGAGUUUAUGAUGAAUGUUCGUAGUUUAUGGGCCCUCAAACACAUCACGGAGCGCAAUCGGUUAGAAGCACAGAGCAACGCCAAUGGCUUGAAACGUCUUUCCCAAAGAAUUCGUAAUAUUACAAUACAAAGAAGUCUACCAUCGACCCCUGUGCAAAACAAUGAACAACAAAUUGCCCUAAAGUCGACUGGCCAAAAGCCAAGGAGACCUUUAAACCGACCCAUAGACGAAGUAAUAGAUGACAUCUUCCAGCUGGAUAGUAAAUACCUGUUUAGGGAUAUUCCAAAGGAGAAUCUUUGCAAGGAAUGUUUUAAGGCUGGAUCGGAUGUAGUAAAGUGCUCUAUGAACUGCCAGACCUACGUGCAUCCUGCAUGUAGUGCAAAUUUACCCGAAGAAGAAGUGCCACAGGUGCCAACUCCUUUUGUUCAUAUAACUGGAGAUAUUGACGAAUCAUUGUCCAAUGCGGAAACUAAAGACCAGCCCACAGUAAUAUGCAAGUCAUGUUAUUCGGGCGAGGCUAUAAAGUGCUUCGUUUGCAAGAAAGACGAUCCCGAGUUGGGCGAUAUGGCCCGAUGUAAUAGUCAACAAUGUAGUAAGUUUUACCAUCCGGCUUGCCUCAAGUACUGGCCUCAGGCAAAAGUUACGAAGUCUUCUGGAAAACUCGAAAGUCUGCGUUGUCCUGCACAUGUAUGUCACACUUGUGUCUCGGAUGACCCGAAAGGAAAAUUUCUGCAAAUUGAUAAAUCAAAGCUGACCAAAUGUCUGAAGUGCCCAGCAACUUAUCACAUGGACUCUACUUGCAUCCCAGCCGGUUCACAAUUCCUGACGCCUGCGUUGAUAAUUUGUCCUCGACAUUACAAACAACCACAGGAUCUGCUUCUUAAUGUUAACUGGUGUUUCAUAUGCGUCGCCGGUGGAAAGCUUAUUUGCUGUGAAACUUGUCCCACAGCUGUGCAUGCUGAGUGCCUGAAGAUUCCAGUGGCCGAUGAGGGGUACAUUUGUGAAGAAUGUGAAACCGGACGCAUGCCCCUGUAUGGAGAAAUGGUUUGGGCCAAGUUUAGAAACUUCCGCUGGUGGCCUUCGCUGAUUCUUCCUCCCACCGAAGUGCCACUGAAUUUAGCUAACAAACCCCAUAAUCCUUCGGAGUUUGUCAUAAGAUUCCUUGGCAGCAAUGAUCAUGGUUGGAUUAGUCGAAGGAGAGUCUAUUUGUAUCAGGAAGGCGAUUGCUGUGAACCACCAAAGACCCAAAAACAAGGGCUUGACCAUAGCUAUAUGAAGGGGGUCGAAGAAGCUAAGCGAAUUGCUGAGAUUAUCAAAGAAAAAAAGAUGCUACUAAAUACUAACGACAAGAAACAGCGCGUAAGUCCCCUGCCAUAUGUUAAAAUCAAAGCGAACCGCGCUGUUCCCCCAAUAAAGCUGUUAGUUGAUUACGACAAUAUAAGCAAAUGCGAGUGCGAUAAGGAUAGUGAGAAUCCGUGUGGCCAAGAUUCGGGCUGUCUAAAUCGGGUCCUCUACAAUGAGUGCAAUCCUAAAAUAUGCCCAGCAGGUGACCGAUGCCAAAAUCAACUGUUCGAGAAGAAACUCUAUCCGAAGUUGCAAGUUUCGUAUAUGAAUGAAAAGGGCUUUGGCUUGAUUUGUCUAGAGCCCAUCAGUGCUGGCACUUUUGUGAUCGAGUAUGUAGGUGAGGUAAUUGACGACGCCGAGUUUCGAAGGCGGAUUUCCCAAAAAGAGCAGGAACGCGACGAGAACUUCUAUUUUCUGUCCCUGGAAAAAGAUUACAUAAUCGAUGCUGGGCCUAAGGGUAAUUUGGCAAGAUUCAUGAAUCAUUCUUGUGAUCCAAAUUGUGAAACGCAAAAGUGGUGUAUUAAUGGCUUGGAUCGCAUUGGCUUAUUUGCUAUUAAGGACAUUCCAAAGAACUCUGAGCUUACAUUCAACUAUUUCUGGGACGAAUUGCUUGGUAACGAAAAGAAGAUGUGCCAUUGUGGCGCUGAGAAAUGUGUUGGAGUUAUCGGUGGAAAAAAUAAAAAACCUGCAAAACCAUCUCCACCUGUGCAGCAAGAAAAAGUAGCGAAAAAGAGACGGUCUACUAAUACAAAAUUGCAUCCCCAAAAAACAAAACAGAAAUCAAAAACUAAAGAAUCUAAAAAAACAACUAAACUGCCAGCUAAAAGCAACACCAACAGUAACAACAACAACAACAACACAUCACCAACAGUAGAUACAACCGAAGAAGAAGAUAAAGAUUUAGACCAACAACAUACAUCCAUAUCGAAAUCCAGUUUGACGUCGGAAACACUUGGGAAUAACUCGAAUCCAGAAUCCGUUGAAGGAGUUCCAUCGACGACGUUCUCGUCGUCGUGAAGUUAGUUAAUUGUUUAGGUAUUGUUUUUUUAGUGAACCUUAAUAUUUUUAUAUUUAUUUUUCAAAAUGAAUGAACUUUUGUAUCAAGCAACUUUCUCAAUCAUAAAAAUCUAUGUGUAAAUUUGUAUACCAACUGUUACAACAAUUAAAUUUAAUGUUGUUGAUCAUCUAUAAGUUUUUACUAAGAGCUUUAUGUUACGGUCGGUUAUGUUUGGACCCGUUUGUUCAGAGUAAACUUAUGUUUAUUUUGUAUUAAGCGUUUUGAGUUCAUCAGAAUUCCUCGGUUGUUGUAGACCAAGAUGUAUUUAACAUUAAUAAAUUUACGGGUUCUUCUCAUCUGUUAUAAUAAAUAAGAUAUUACAAUAAAAUUAUGUUUUCGAACGUGAAGGUCAAAAGAGAAAUGUUAAGAAAUAACACCAAAGCUCGUGUUGCAAAAAAAAACAAAGAAAAACAGAAUCCAUGGUGUUUUUUAGCUUUUAAUAACAAUAAAUAAUUUAUUUGUGUUUAAUCUAUUAAUAUUAUUAUGUUAAAAAUGCUUUAUGCUAGAAUUAAAAAGUUAAAUCU